AUGUGGCCAGACGACCUCGAGGCAAUGUUGACCUUCAUAAGCGAUAUAGCUCUACACGAUGGUCGUUCUAUGAUGUCGCAAUUCGGGUCGGGCUAUCCUGGAACCCAUUGCUUCAAGCCUAUCACUUUGACGUACAAGGGGAAAACGGCGACGGCGACGAUCAUGGACUCUUGCCCCGGUUGUCCCUAUGGAGGCCUUGACCUGUCCCGUGGACUCUUUAAAUAUUUUGCAUCUGAGGAUGAAGGUAUUAUCUAUGGGGACUGGUCGUUCGCUGACAGUGCACAGGAGGCUAUCACCACAUCCAAGCAUACAGUUGCGGCUGUGACUAUCUCGGCUCCCAAUGCAACCUUGCCGACCAUUAUCGCAGCGGCCGGUGCCACACCUUCCGCGAAUACAACCAGCACUGGCAGUAAAAAUGCACCCGGCACUUCAGCUACGCCUGAGAAUGUUUCCCCAUCGGCUAUAAAAGUUAGACCGUCUGCAAGCAUCGUUCCACAGGCCUCUACUAACGCCUCUGCCUCUGCUAAUGAGACUGCCAACGCCACUGCCGCCUCUUCUCCCCCAUCCACCGCCUCUUCUCCUUCCACUACCUCUUCUCCCUCACUCACCACCUCUUCUCCAUCCACCACCUCUGCUUCUUCCACCGCCUCUGCUUCUCCUUCCACCACUACUUCUCCUUUCACAACUUCUUCUUUUAAUGUCAAUCCGACCACCACCUCCUCCUCCGUCAUCUCCUCCAGCACAGCAGCGAACUACACCUCCUCGAUAGCUGCUGCCAAAUCCAGUGUGGCUAACAUCGCAAGCAGUCUCUCCUCUGUCGCACCAUCUCCUACUGGCAGCGCUGGUGCCGCUCUCAACGCGACGAACGCCAAUACUACUGCGCUCAUCGAAGACCAUCUUGAGGCUAUCAUCAUUCUUCUCGCCGAUCUGGAGAAGAUGAUUGCGGCAGCUGGCCUUGGGCGCGACCAGGAUUAG